AUGAACGGACAUCACACGGCUCGACCCCUGAGACCGGGCAUCAACGUGCCCAUGGUCACCAUCUUUGACCCAGAAACUGAAGAUGUUGAUGUCAAGGCGAUCGCAAAACACGCCGUCAGACUAGCCCAGGCUGGUCUAUCAUCAAUCACUUGUCAAGGAUCGAACGGAGAAGCAGUCCAUCUGACCAAGGAGGAGCGGAUACUAGUGACGAGCACCACCCGCAAAGCGCUGGACGAAGCUGGAUUCUCAGACAUGCCGAUUGUAGUUGGUUGUGGAGCUCAGUCGGUGCGAGAGACGAUCGAGUUUUGCCGAGAUGCGUACCAGGCCGGUGGGGAUUGUGCUCUGGUCUUGCCCCCUUCAUAUUACAAGUCGGCAUACAAGCCUGAGUCGUUUGUUGAGUAUUUUCAAGCUGUUGCGGAUGGCUCACCAAUCCCCAUUGUCAUCUACAACUAUCCCGGAGCCGUUGCCGGGGUGGAUCUCGACUCGGAUACCAUUAUCAAGCUGGCCAAGCACCCCAACAUCCGCGGUUGCAAGCUCACUUGCGGCAACACUGGCAAAUUGAACCGGAUUGCUCACGCGGUCAACGCCGCCACGCCCAACGACCUUGGAUCAGGCUGGAUGUGCAUGGGUGGCUCGGCGGAUUUCACCCUUCAAACCCUGAUUGCCGGCGGCUCAGGGAUUAUCACCGGCUUGGGCAAUGUUGUGCCUAAGGCUUGCGUCAAGGUUUACGACCUGUAUGCACAGGGCAAGGUCGAGGAGGCUCAGAAGCUCCAAGCAAUUGUGGCGCGCGGCGACUGGGGAGUGAUUGCUGGUGGAAUCACAGGCACCAAGAGUGCGAUGCAGUCAUACUUUGGGUAUGGGGGUUACGCCCGGCGGCCACUGCCCAAGCCAACCAAGGAGGAGGUGGCCAAGUGGGAGGAGAUGCUGAAGGAGGCUGUCGAGCUCGAAAACUCGCUGUAA